AGUGAUCCGGAGCCCGGAGAGGAGCCUCAGUUGCACGGGACCGCAAGAACGUCGCUGGAUCCCGGGAGGACCGGAGAGAGAGGGAGAGAGAGAGAGAGAGAGGUAGAGAGACACCACCGUGGGACUGGAGUUGUGCUCAGGCUGAAAGAUGUUCUCCUCUGCGAAGGCCUUUGAGGGGCAGCAUUACUCCACCCUCAAGAGGCAGUGUCUACAGAGUGGAGCAUUGUUUGAGGACCCGCUGUUCCCCGCUGUGGAUGAUUCGCUCUUCUACCAGGGGAACCGGAUUGGUCGUGUCCACUGGAAAAGACCUGAGGAGCUGUGUGACGAUCCUCAUUUGUUUGUGGACGGGAUCAGUGCCCAUGACUUGCACCAAGGGCAGCUGGGAAACUGUUGGUUUGUGGCGGCCUGCUCCAGUCUGGCCUCCCGAGAGUCACUCUGGCAGAAAGUUAUCCCAGACUGGAAGGAGCAGGAAUGGGACCCGGAGAAGGCUGAUUCUUAUGCAGGAAUCUUUCACUUCCGCUUCUGGCGGUUUGGCGAAUGGGUAGACGUAGUGAUCGAUGACCGUCUGCCCACGGUGGACAACCAGCUGGUUUACUGCCAUUCCAAUGACAGCAAUGAGUUCUGGAGCGCCCUUGUGGAAAAAGCCUAUGCCAAAGUCUAUGGCUGUUAUGAAGCACUGGAUGGUGGGAACACGGCUGAUGCUCUGGUGGAUUUCACUGGUGGUGUGUCUGAACCGAUGGACCUGCUGGAGGGUCAGUUCGCUCAGGAUGAAACUGCCAGAAACCAGCUCUUCGAGAGGGUGCUUAAGGUUCAUAAUCGAGAUGGCCUCAUCAGCUGCUCCAUCAGGGCAACCACAGUAGAGGACAUGGAAGCACGACUGGACUGUGGAUUAGUGAAAGGCCAUGCUUACGCAGUGACCGACGUACGCAAGGUCCGUCUGGGACAUGGCCUACUGGCUUAUUUUAAGUCUGAAAAGCUGCACAUGAUCCGCAUGAGGAACCCCUGGGGUGAGAAGGAGUGGAGUGGACCAUGGAGUGACAGCUCAGAAGAGUGGAAGAAAGUGAGCAAGAGUGAGAGAGAGAAGCUGGGCGUCACUGUUCAGGAUGAUGGAGAGUUUUGGAUGAACUUUGAGGAUUUCUGUCACUACUUCACGGACCUGAUCCUGUGUCGACUCAUCAACACGUCCUACUUAAGCAUACAUAAGACCUGGGAGGAGGAGGUGAUGAGGGGCUUGUGGCUUCACCGAGAUGAACCGCUCCGCAACCGUGCCGGAGGCUGCAUUAACCACAAAACCACAUUUCUGCAAAACCCACAGUAUGUUUUUGAUGUAAGAAAAGUGGAAGAUGAGGUGCUGAUCUGCCUGCAGCAAAAGGAACGCAGAGCUACUCCAAAGGAGGGCAAAGGAGAGAAUCUGGCCAUUGGAUUUGAUAUCCAUAGGGUGGAGUUGAACAGAAAGUACAGAAUGCACUCGGCGCAGCAGAAGGUCGCAGGGUCCAUCUACAUCAACUCUCGCUGCGUUUUCCUCCGGAAAGAGCUAAAGGAGGGCCGUUACGUCAUCAUCCCCACAACAUUUGACCCCGGUCAGCAAGGAGAGUUCCUGCUCAGAGUCUUCACUGAUGUGCCUUCAGACUGCAAAGAAUUAACUUUGGAUGAGCCUCCACAGACAUGCUGGACUGGGAUGUGUGGAUACCCUCAGCUGGUCACACAGGUGCAUGUGUUAAGUGCCGAGGGCCUGCAGGGCCAAGACGCCAAUGGAGCCUCUGACCCGUAUGUGAUCAUCACCUGUGAGGGGGAGAAGGUCCGCUCUCCUGUGCACAAAGACACACGCUGCCCUAAUUUUGACAUCAAGGGAAUAUUCUACCGCAAAAAGCCAAAGGAAGGCAUUCACAUCGAGAUCUACAAUAAGAAUGUGAUUGUUGACACCUUCCUGGGUCAGGUGACCCUCUUUAGUGACCCAAAUGAUCGCCAAGAGCAGCACACGGUCUACCUUAAAGACAAGGGCAGUCGGCAGGACAACAACCUUCCAGGGACGCUGACUGUGCGUGUGAUCACCUGCACCCCUUUAACCAACAUCUGAUCAGAAUCCAAACACCUGCAUCCCACUGUUUCACACUCUCUGCUUGGGUUACUCAUUCACCCACAAUGCCUUUAGCCCUUAUAGUUUACUACAGUAAAGGGAUGGUUCACCUGAACAAUGACAGUUCUGUCAUUAUUUACUCACUGUCAUGUCAUUAUAAACCCUCUUGUUUUCAUGGAUCAAAAAAAUUAAGAUGAACAUUCAUAGCUGGUAUUGAGUACAUAUCAAGCUUGAGUACAUAUUGAGUACAUAUUUGAUCAAGCUUCUCAGCAGGUACUGACCAUGCCAAUAAAGCAUAAUACAAUUUUGUCAAUUAAGCACAGUAUAUCACAUUUGUUUUGAAUCUAUAUAAUAGCUUCAGUGAAAAACACACUGAAAUUUACAUUUUCAUCCAAAGAUGCGAAUUAGGCUUAAGCUCAAAACAAAAUAUCAUGUCCCAUCGUACAUAUCACAUCUGUUAAAACCAAAUCACAUGACUUUUUUUGAUGCACAUGCUAGAAUGUGUUCAGUAAAUGUGUUUCCGUCAACGUUUUUGCUAAUUUUUUAUGCGCAUUUUCAAACUUUAUGCGCAUCUUCUGAUUGUGUGCGAUGGUUCAAAAUGUGCAUAAUAAUAGGUGGAUAGGAACAUAGCUAUUGUUAUUGAGUGGUAAUCAUGUUGACUGGAUUGAAUGAUUGAUUUGAACUUGAUUCUUUUUCUUGACAGUGAACCAUUUGAUCUGAUUCACACAUCAGUUCUCGAGGUCUCACUCAAUUUCUAUUGAUCCAUGACUCAUUGAUCCAUUUUCCAGUGGUUCUCUAUUUAAUGCUGUGACCUCAUGAAACAGCAAAUGGGUUUUUAACAUGACAUUGAGUGCUUUAUUUCCGGGUGAACUAUACUUUCAAUCCCCAUCAUUCAUGAUCAUAUAUUGCAAUGAAGGGCUAUGCAUUGUGUUUGCAUGAGCAGCUGAAGUGAUCAAGAUCCUUGAGGAGUCUGAGGCGCAUGAUCAGCCAUGUCUCGUCUCCCAGAUCUCUGAGUUUCAGCCCAGCCCUGGCAAAUCAUUCAAAACCAGUUUUCCUCUUGUCUCUCUUUCCAUCCCUUUUGUCCUCCAAGCAUUCAGUCAUGACAUAUUCAGUCAGUGUCAACAGUUGUGCCCGUCCACACAGCUUGAUCUUUAGCGAGACCCGAUCAGCUCUCAUUUGGCUGGAAGAUUUCAGUGGCCGGUGGGGCACAGCGGGCACCUCUUUGGAUCCUCCGGGUCAUGUAGCUUAGCAACAGAAGUCUGGAAUAGAAUACCGGAGCAUGAAGAUAAGUUCUGCUCUUACCAGUGGACAUGUGCUAUCAAAAGCCCACCUGGAGGAUCUGCCAUGCCACUUUCUGCCUGAAAAAAAUGGAUGGGCAUUACCAGUAUGCCAGGGUGGUUUGAUAAACAUUUUACCAUUAUCUUGAAUGUGAGUGUGUGUGUGUGUGUGUUUGUGCAUGUUUGGGUGACCAGAUAGCCCUGAUUUGAUGAGCCAUGUCCCACAUAUUUGUGAAUAAUUGAUCUUCUGCUUUAGUAAAAAUGUCAUUAAUAUG